CGUACUACGCACCCCCAUAACCUGCAAAACUACACACACCACGUCAUCACUUUCUCUUCUCUCCACUCCUCUCUCUCUCUCUCUCUCCUCCCCUCUGUGCGAGACUUUCUCUCUCUAGAAAAUUGGGCGAAGCUCAGAAGCGACGAACCUCCAUAGCUCGCUUGGUCUCUUUCUUUUUUUUUUUUUAUUCUUGCUUAGAGUAAUUGGCGAAGAAGAUGAGGAAGUCCGCCUUGAGAAAAACGGGUCAACACAACUCAACAAGCUCCGUCAAUUCUUCCGCCGCGGAUCUCUUUCGCUCCGCCUCCAGUAAAGCCUCUACAAAAGAGCUUGAACGGAUUGAUAACUUGUUCUUUUCAUAUGCUAAUGGGUCUUCCGGGAUGAUUGACCCGGAAGGAAUUGAAGCUCUUUGUUCAGAUUUGGAUGUGGAUCAUACCGAUGUGAGGAUCCUGAUGCUCGCAUGGAAAAUGAGAUGUGAGAAACAGGGAUAUUUUACACUGGAAGAGUGGCGAAGAGGCCUCAAAGCAUUAAGGGCUGACACUGUAAAUAAAUUAAAGAAAGCACUUCCAGAGCUAGAGAAAGAGGUCAGGAGGCCAUUGAACUUUGUGGAUUUCUAUUCCUACGCAUUUCGAUAUUGUUUAACAGAGGAGAAGCAGAAGAGCAUAGAUAUAGAAAGCAUCUGUGAACUACUGAAUAUUGUUAUGGGGUCGGAAUUUCGUGCCCAGGUUGACUUAUUUAUUGAGUAUUUAAAGAUACAGAACGAUUACAAGGUCAUAAACAUGGAUCAAUGGAUGGGCUAUUACCGGUUUUGCAAUGAGAUAAGUUUUCCAGGCCUUGAAAAUUACGAUCCUGAUCUUGCCUGGCCAUUGAUUCUGGACAAUUUUGUCGAGUGGAUGUGGGAGAAGCAAAACUAAAGCUGAUAAAUUUUCAGUCAACUCGAUUCCGUGCUGUAAGCCAAAACUAUUGCCAAAGGCUACCAAACUACAUACAUGAUACAUCAGAUGGCCCCAGAAAUCUUUUUUUUUUUUUUUUCUUUUCCCUCCAAACACAUGGUCAAUGCGCAAAAUUGCUCACCUUUGGAAAUUACAUGUAUGUGAUAGUAAUUUAUGCUUGAGAAAGUCUUGAAACAUGUUUUUUCUUUUUUA